ACUUCUUGGAGUGAAUUUAAUUCAAACUUUUAUUCAGUCAUUCACUCACUCCAUUACAAUUAUACAAUAACAUAACCUUGAAAUCUGCUGUCAUUAUAGUGGUCAAAGAAGUUCAAAAUAUUUCAAUAUGAUUUUUAAUUUAUUGUCGAACGCGAUUAAGACAGCAAAGAUGAAUUAUUCAAAGGAUUUAGUGCGUUUUUGUUCUAUCAAUAUUAAAGGAGCGACACCAAGCAAUUUCGAUAAGAAGUUGUUAGUUUAUUUUAAAAGAUACAGCAGUGUUGAAGAGAUCCCAAAAUUAGUCCCUCAUGAUACAUUGCAUAAAGUUCGAGGAAAAGCAAGGAUGUAUUUUGCAACUGCAUUUAUGGUUGUAACAUUAAUUGGAUGUUACGGGAUGGUCAAGAGUGGGAAACAUGCAGCUGAAAGAGGAGAAUUUGUUCAAAGACAAAAUAUCGAAUGGCAUAAACAAAUGAAACAAGAAUAAAGUACAAAGAAUGUUGAUCAGUCUCAGGUAUUGAUACUCAAAUUUUUAAAGUGUAUAUAUAGAGUUAAAUAAA